AUGGAGGGUAAAAAAGAUAGCGACAUUCAUGCCAAUCAAAGCCAUAUAAGGCGAAAGAUUGAAAUGAGGUACCAGAAUGAGUCGCCCCGCAACAAAGAAAAUGCACGGAGCAAUGUUAGCAUGCAGAUAAAGAAGUUUCUGGUGAAUUACCAUUUACAGACCAUUCCAACCAAACGAGAGAGACAGACAGCUAGUUCGCAACGGGAGUGCGGGUUCUGUAAAACCACUCAGACCAGUCUUUGGCGACGAAUUGGCGACCUUUUGGUUUGCAAUGCCUGUGGCCUCUACUAUCGUAUUCAUGGAAAGGUUCGUGAUAAACCUAGCCGGCAUCGCCGGGCAGUUUUCCAUAAGGACGACGAUACUGAUAAGGACAUGUACGAAAGUGCGGAGGAGUUUCCUGAAUAUUAA